AUGGUCUCCCUGAUCAGGAUGAUGGGUGACUUAGCGGAGUUGAAGAGUCCUUCUAAGACUAUCAAGGUAAAAUCUGUGAAAGGAGUUGUGACAAAAGUCCUUACUGACCAUGGCUGGAUUGAUGAGACCAUUUUCUUCAGGCAGGAGGAUGUGACUGGCAAUGUACCUCUGCACAUUGGACGAAAAGUUAGGGCAAUUGUGGAAGAAGAUAGAACAGGCCAUGGAUGGAAAGCAAUCAAAGUGGAUGCUCUCUAUGAAAAUUAUUGUGAUGAACCAUCAGAAACCGACAUGGAUCUUCCCUUUGGCACUGUUGCCUCUGGAGUGCAUGUUGAAACUUGUGUUCAGCAUACAACUUGCUUCUCUCUGGAUGUUGUUUGCAAAGAUUUUGAGCCUUACGAGGGUGACCUGCUGGAGGUUGUGUUUUCCUUCCAGACAGAAAUGCAGCGCCGGCAGGCUAUAUCUGUGAAGCCUCUGAGACACAAGCAUGUGCAUGAGGUCUUCAUUACCAGUGUAUAUGGAAGAGAUGGGGUGGUGGACAAUAAUAUCUUUUUCACCUUGGAUUCUCUGGAAGUUCCUACUGGAUACGAACCUCAGCUACAUGACCGUGUCAAUGUGCUGGUAGUAGAGAGUGCUCAGCCUGGCUACUCUUGGAGAGCAAUCUCCAUGGCCCCAGUGCACAUGAGAUAGAAACCACGUCUUCUAUUUUUCCUUUUAAGCAUAGUAUAGGACCUCAUUUAAUUAAUAUGUUUAGGUUAGCUAAGUCUAUAGGAAAUGUUAACUACUGUUGUUCAUGUAAACACCCUGGGUAGUUUUUUUGGGACCAUGGAAGGGCAUUGUUGAUGAGAAAUGUUUUAAAGUU